GUGACUUUUACGUUGUUGCGAGGGCAUACACGCGCGCGCCAUCUUGCGGCGCGCGACAAUUCGAACACAUUCCACUCAGCGAAAUUGCGACGUCGGCCGUGUCUCGAGAGAGUCCAGCGGGUCACGUCGAAAUGACUCGCAGUAAAAUCGGGUGUCAAGAAGAAUACGAGCGAGAAAAGCCGCCGUAACCAAACGUGGUCACGACGUGAACGAUUGUGCGACGUUUCAUUGAAAAGCCCGGCGGAAACGCUCCUACUCCCUUCCGCGCAUUUCCCAACUUGACGUGCCCUCUGACAUAUCUAGCUGCAACUGAAAAGAAACGAAUGAACGAAUGAGAAGUUCCGAAACGCACGAGCAAUCGAAUGGAAGUCCUCUAUCUCUCUUCUCUUUCGCACACGGUAUCCGACGUGAAUUUUCUCUCACGUGGGCCGCGAACGGGCCGUGUGUCUAGCGCUCAUGUCGGUGGGAGCGAGAUGGACAGUGAGAGAGGCCGUGUGCGCACGCAGGCGCAUAAAGGACGGCGAGUGCGAGAGAGAGAAAGAGAGAACGUGCGCGCGGCGCGUGUGUGCGAGUGAGAAGGCACGAGAACUCGGGCAGCGCGCGGAGCGCCAGUGUACUACUGCAGCUUUAUCUGUAUUAUGCGCUGCUGAGUGAAUUGUCAAGUGAAAUCAGAAAUGGCUGCCAACGAGCAACAACGUAAGGACCCACGCGAAACACGGGAGCCAGCCCACCAUGCGAGACGUCCCAUGAAUGCGUUCCUGAUCUUCUGCAAGCGGCACCGCGCGUCAGUGAGAUCGAGCUACCCGCACUUGGAAAAUCGUGCCGUCACGAGGGUCUUGGGCGAAUGGUGGGCGACGCUGCAUCCCGAUCAGAAGCGUUCCUACACGAAUCUCGCGCAGGAGUACAAGGAUGCGUUCCUCAAUGCAAAUCCUGAUUUCAAGUGGUACAAAUUGCCAGCACCUCCGCUUCGUACUUUGAGCACUAGGCCUACCAACAAAAAGCAAGAGUCCAGUAGUAACAGCAGCGCGCAGCCCGCGGACAGUGUCAAAUCCGAGUACGAGUCUUCCGAUUGUACAAAGUCAGACAGGCGGGACGGACAGUCGAUUCAGCCGGGCAAAUUGGCGGACGAGUCGCAGAUCGGCGGUCUCAGUUCCCUCUUUACCCCGCAGAAGACAGAACCGCCUGAGGAGGAGAUCGCGGUCAACGGUGUAGCGACGGAGAACGAUGCUGUGCCGAAGCCGCCCAAGAAGAGAUACACGGAAUCGCCGUUCCAAGGUGAACAGAAAAGAGACUGCAAGGCGGACCUCUUCGGCGAAAAGAAAAGGAAAAGAGCCGAAUCGAAUAACAACGAGCAACACGAGACGAUCGUGGAAGAUGAGAAACACACGAUAAAUUCUUUCUUGACGACACCGCCGGAGGAAAACAACUUUCGCAGCGAAAGGACGUGUAAAGGUUUACGUUAUCAGAAAUUCCUCGCCGAGCAGAUGAAAAAUAUCGGCCCGUCGGGCCAACAAACCAAACGCAGACGAGUGGCUGCAAGCCAAGGCUCGGACGAACGUUCGAACGAAAGAAGGAAUUCUAUUUCUUCAAAUGUCAGUGAGAAAACAGAUUCCUUGAGCAGCGAGGGAGGAAAUAGCUCUCGCGGGGAACUGGAACAUCUGGUGGAGAGCGCUGAGGGAAACAUGGAAGCCUCCAAACCUGAAGACACAGAAACCGAAGGAGCCGAAGCUCAGAUAGAUUACGGACCUUGGACUGCGCGCAAAAGAUUUCGAGCAGAGGACUUUAAUUUGGAAAAGAAGAUUGAAGCGUUACCGUCGUUAAGUUUAGAAGAAUUUCAAGAAAAGAAGAAGCAGCAACGCACGAAAAAAAAGAAAAUUCUGCAAAAGUUCAACUCCACAGCAAGCAGAAAACACCAAAAUAAUUCGUCCUCGAACAGCCAGACGAAUGGACAAACUCGAAGAGCGUAUACGACGAAUGAGGGCUCGGAGGAAUCAGAGAAAGCUCUUCUUGUAGGAAGCCAGAAACGAAAAGCACGAAAGCAAACUAUCACGCGGAAUGCUGCGGCAAUCAAUUCCUUCACACACUCCGAGGACCAAGAACCAAAUAAAUCUUGGUGCGCGUCUCCAGAUCUUGAAGCUCUAGCAUGUCUUGCAACAGUUGCCGCCAACAGAACAAAACUUACCAAAAAUAACGCUUAAUCGUACUGAUUGAUGGAUACAAAAUGAAUGAGAUAUUUUACAUAGGAUCGUACUAUGAGGGCUGAAACUUUUGAAAGGUUUUUUCCAUGCAAUUUCCUAUCACUGGAACUAUUAAGAUAUAUUUCUCCAAGUGCUGUUAUAAAAUGAUACUGCUGCGGUAUCCGUGACGAUAUCAAUAAUGAUUACUGUUAAUAUCUUUAUUGUUAAUCUUUACUACUACGGAUUUUAAUAUUACGACUGCUAUUGAAUAUAGACUAUUCCAUUAUUCAGUAUACGUGAGGGAGGUGUUCUCUAUUUACUUGAAAUAAUUGUUUUAUCAACCAAACAGAGAAAGAGAAGAAGUAUCAUUUCUCUCUAUAUUUUUGUUCUAUGAGAGGUUCUAUGAGAAGUUCUAUGAGAAGUCAUUUUCCAAUUUUAUGGUUUGGGAAAUAAUAUAAUUUUAUUCAACACGUUGCACCUAAUUGUACAUGAAACAAUAUUGAAUUGUCUAGUACAUUAUAAUUACUUCCUUAUAAAUAGUAAAUAUUUUAUUAUGUAUUAUUAAGAGUUCUCACGAUGAUAUUUUUAAUCGUGCAUGUUUCUCUCCUUUUCGACAUUUACAUAGAUCUUUCACCGAAAUGUUUAUGGGUAAAUUCCGUCAGUCGUCAAUUCCGAUAACAAAUUUUAUUAGAUAAUACAUAGCUAUGAUGACUAAUACGUGAAGAUAGUUUGAUUUGAGCUAAGUAAGGAAGUAAACACGAGGGAUAUAUCUUCUCUAUUUCCUUAAAAUAAAUUUAUCUUUUGUUGUUACUUUGUUACUUUUCUUUUAUACGAAACAAAUUAGGACGUUUCCACUACAUUGGUUCGACGCAAGAUGUAACAUCUGGGAGGAACCCAUUUUUUCCGAUAAUGUAUAAUAAGGGCGAAAAUAUUUCAUCUUGUAUUCUACUGGCGUUUGAUGUACAUAGGUAUAGGUGCAGUAUUACAUACAGAUGCAAAAUGGAAUAUCCUUCACGAUAAGACCUGAACAUCAAAAAGGAUAUAAUCAAAAUAACGGAUACACAUACACACCUAUGCGACCACUGUUUAUACGUUACUACAUGCAUACGCGCGAAUAGGUACGUGCGUAUAAAUUUAAAUAAUGUACAGAAUUAACUGCAUAUACGCGCACGCAUGAUAGACGAGUGUCCCUUUAUAUUGAAAUACGUGUAUAUUCGUGUAUGCAUGUAAUAUAUAGCGAUAAGACUAUUCAUAUACAUAUGUGAAUGUAUAUUUAUAAUAUUUAUAUAUAUAUAUAUAUAUAUAUUUUAAGAUCACACGAGGAAGUGCGACUUUGUGCUCUGUUUGAGAAAGUAAGAGACUUGUCUGUGAUUUCGGCUAAAGGAAUUUUUAAUAUUUUA